ACCAACUAAAGUGGUCUGUCUUCACGUGAAUAAGAGACGAGCUAUGACGAAGAAAAUACAAGUGUGUAGCGUCACGGCGGACAUGUGAGUGAGGAAGGGGUGCAGCCAAUCACAGGAGCCGUAACAAACGCUGCCUAGGCGCCAGAUGAACAGGCUCCGUGAACAGACUAUAAUUACUUUUGGCCCAAGAGUGUUUGCGAGUGCUUAGCAAGUCGACGAAACCCAAACAAGUCAACGGAACACACACCACAAUGGACUUCGACGCCUGGCUAAACAGUGCUUUAGAUGCUUAUGACAAGGGGAAGGCGCUGCCGGGAGUACAGGAGGAGGAAGAAGACGAAGAGGAGGAGGAGGAGGAGGAGGAAGAGGAUCCACAACCCUCCACCAGCAGCAGAAACGACAAAGAACCAGCGAAGAAGAAGAGGUCAAGGAGUAAGGAACUAAAGGAUGAGAACUUCGAGGGACCUUUCACGACACCGAACUCGAGCGAACGGAAGAACACGAAGAAAAGAAACGGGACAAAACACACCGUCCCUUAUCACGAAGACAAAGCAACUGGCAACCUACGAAGACACAGAAGACAAAAGAAGACCCAAGACAAACCGAACCCUUUCAAGGACUUCGUGGAGAUCAAAAUAAAGCGGGCGAAGACGUGGAGUUCAAGCAGUGAGGACUCUUAUGUUAUCUCCGAUGAUGAGUCUGUGGAUGAGGGUCUUUUGGAGGGCUUAGACACAGACCACGAUACAGACUUACAGGACACGUGGGCAAAGUCUGAGUGGUCUGAGAAGAGAAAGGGAGGAGAAGGGACAUCUGGGAAGGGGAGGAAGACGAAAACACAGAAUGAGAAACCUGGAAAUGUGGAAAAAGGAAACCGUACGUGUGAAACCAUCGACUUGACUACGGUUUCAACGCAAGAGGAGGAGGAAGGAAUGAAGAAAGAAGAAAAAGGAACAUCUGGGAAAGUGAAAAAGACGAAAAAUCAGACAGAGAAACCAGGAAAAAGGGGAAAAGGAAACCGUGCGUGCCAAACCAUCGACUUGACUACGAUCUCAGCUCAGGAGGAGAAAGGGAUAUCGGGGGAGAGAAAGGACCGAGCUGGUGAAAGAAAACGUAUAUACAACCCCAAUACCAUGACGGAGAGGGUGAAAAUACCAGAAUGGAGGCGAGGGGAAGGAGAAAAGGAAGGCGAACUGAGUGACAUCUUCGAGUAUCGCUUCCUGGGUGCCAAACUAGAGCCCACGAUAGGAUUCAUAGGUUACCCAGAGCCGAAGAAGAAGGUGGAUAUGAGACCGAUAAAGAUUCCCUCACCCACCACGAGGAAGAGGAAGUGGAAAGAGUGGUUGAUGGAGUAUAAGAAGGAGAUGGAAGGAACGAAAGGAACAGGAGGUGGAAGAACUGAAGGAGUGGAUGAGAUAGAGGAAGAGGAAGAGGAGGAAGUAUAAGGAGUGGAUGAAAAGGAGUGGUGGAUGACAUGGAAGAGGAGGAUGAGAUUGAGGAAGAGGAGGAGGUAUAAGAAGUGGAUGAAGAGGAAUGAAAGUGGGAGGAAGAGGAAAAGAAAAAAAAUGGAAGACGGAAAAUAAGAAGAUAAACAAGAGGAGGAGCAGGAGAAGAGGAAAUAAUAAAGAUAAAGAAGAAAAAAAAGAAGAGGAGAAAGAGGAAGAGGAAGAAGAAAAAUGAGAGAAGCGGAGGAAAUAAAAAGAUGAAAACAAAAAAGAGGUGAAAAAGAUGAAAAAUGAGAAGGAAAAGAAGAAAAAAAGCGGGAAAGGAAGGAAAACAUAUAGAAGAAAAUAGAAAGAAGAAGAAAAAAUGAUAAGGAAAUGAAGGAAAAAAAUAAUAGAAAGGGAAACAAAUACAAGAAAAAGAGGAAGAAAAUGAGAACAGAAGAAAGAGGAAAACAGACAAGAAGAGAAAGAGGAAAAAGAAGAAAAGGAGAAGACAAAGAAGACGAAGAAGAAAAGAAGAAAGAGGAAAACAGACAAAAAGACAAAGAGGAAGAAGAAGAAGAAAAGAAGAAAAGAGAAAAACAGACAAGAGGACAAAGAGGAAGAAGAAGAAGAAAAGAAGAAAAGAGAAAAACAGACAAGAAGACAAAGAGGAAGAAGAAGAAGAAACGAAGAAAGAAAAAAACAGACAAGAAGACAAAGAGGAAGAAGAAGAAGAAAAGAAGAAAGAGAAAAACAGACAAGAAGACAAAGAGGAAGAAGAAGAAGAAAAGAAGACAGAGAAAAACAGACAAGAAGACAAAGAGGAAGAAGAAGAAGAAAAGAAGAAAGAGAAAAACAGACAAGACAAAAAAGAAGAAGAAGAAGAAAAGAAGAAAGAGAAAAGUGACAAAGAAGACAAAAAGAGGGAAGAGAAGAAAACAGCAAAAGAGACACACAGACAGACAGACACGGACACUCGACAGAUACCACCUCCUCCUCUUCCACCUCCUCCUCCUCCUCCUCUUGCUCCACUUUCUAUAUUAAUGAGGUAGUUGAGUUAAUGGGUGAAGGGAGGAGGAAAGGCAUUAAUAUUAUAGUUUCUUAGUACCGCGAUCAGGGUAACACGAAUUUAAGUUUAAUAUUAAUAAAGGAAAGAGAUUUAGA